AUGAGGCGUAUGGUUCAACACAAGAGACUGAUAGAUUGCCAUCAUGGAAAGCUUGCACCGGUUCAGGAGAAAAGGUUGAAGAGGCUUGUUAAGCCAAGUAACAAAUGGACUGCAGAGUGGAUUGGUGAUAACGAGCGCAAGCGAUUUGAGGUCACACAAAAGGGAUCUAAGUUGGAUGUGGACCUGAUUAAACAUACAUGUACAUGUAACAGAUGGCAAUUAACUGGGAUGCUGUGCACCCAUGCAGUUGCAGCAAUCAGAAAAAGACAUGACAACAUGAAAGAUUAUGUGCAUCCAUGGUUAUGCAUGGAAUCACUGAAGAAUACUUACGAGCACUUUAUUCAACCUGUUAUAAGUGAAGAGUUCUGGAUACGAUCUGAUCAGACUAGGCCUGCUGCACCUAUCAUUAAGCGGCCAAUUGGUCGUCCAAAGGUACAUAACAGGCAGAAGGACCCAGCAGAAACUUUUAUCAAAGGUGAAAAAUUGAGGAGAAGUUUCUAUGUGACCUGCAGCAAGUGUGGUCAAAUAGGGCACAACUAUAAGACUUGCAAGGGUGCGCCAUCCAACCCAAAUUGA